GUCGCAAGUCACCUCCGCUCACCUUACGACGCGGUCGACUUCAGUCCGCGCUCGAGUCGUGCACCACGGAACACGCGAGAGAGAGAGAGCCCGAGCCGAGCCGAGCCGAGUCGAGCCGGCUGCCGCGCGAGAUCGAGUUGGACACACGCGCCCGACCAGCACGCUGAUCUACGCUAGAUCCCGCGCGCGCUCCCGAGCCGAUGAGUUUCACCUGAACAGAGAUCUAGAUCAGAAUCCGUCGGGCGACAGUUCUCCGCCGACGCGGUGGCUCGUCCUUGCGAAAACGAGCAAGGACACGCGCGGAAAACGUGGACCGAGGACCCGCGACGAGGUACACACGCAUAUCGGACCGAGGUGUCGGGGGGGCUCCCGAACACGACAGAUUCGAAAUCAUCGAUCCCGACGUAUUAUGUCACAGGAGCGCGCGAGCGACGGCCGUCGAUGUCGGCGCAACAACGGUGAACCAGGCGAACGUUGUCGUCGUUUGACAUUUCCAGCGGCGUGGAGCGGGUAACGUGUGGACCCAGUAUCGUUAUACCUCGUACACGCGUUCGAACGAUCCAGUGUUAUGCUCCGUAGCUCGCGCUGCUCGCCAGCAACGUGGUCGCGGGCAUAAUCGGCAAACGUGCGACACGCGCGACACACACACAUACAUACACACACACACACGCACAUUUCCUCGCUGCUCUGUGCAGCAACUCUGUGCAACUGUACACCGAUCCUGGUGAUCCGCGCGGAUCCGCGGCGAUUAAUGCACGAGCAGAGACGCGCACGGGCCGCGCGCGGCCGAUUGGUCUCGCGGCCGUUGAUUACGAGCACCGAUCGCUUCGCGGAACCGUGAGAGAUUGCUGGUGUUCGAUAGCCGAAGGACAACGUCGUGGGUGCCUCAAGCAUAGUCAGUGGAGUUUAAAGGACUCGUGGAAACUCGAACGAAAGCUCGAACGAAACACGAACGGACCUGGGUCAACCGGCCGAGAAUUGCGGUUGCAUCUGCCACGGGAUGCUCCGGAGAAAUUGAAAGUAUUUCGGGGUCGCGACGUACGAACGAAGAAUACAGCCAGCAGUGAUUACAAGAGUUGAAGUGCAAUGUUUCGAAUUUCGAGUUGGCGAACGGACAAUAGUUGUGCGAGUGUCGUUCGUUGCUGCGAUUUCGAUUUGCGACUUGCCUAAGGUCGAGCAUAUAGGGAAAGUGAAAUUGUAAAAGGUAAACCGCCAGACGAGGACCAAGAAGAGGGAGUGUCACAACACGUGUGAAAUGGAUGGUACGCCAAAGAAAAGCGAAGCAGUGUUAAUAUAUGGAUGCCCAUGGGUGGAACUUGGCCGAAAUGUGCCAACGCUACCAUCACGCUGUACAGCCAGCCCAAAAUUCGUCGCCAGCUAGGGACCCCUCUGCUGCCAUCGUGCAAGGCUUGUCAACGGCUUCGCACAUCGAGCAGGCUAGCCCCUCGUAUUCCCAUUAUACGAUGCUGGAUAAUUAUGACAGGGGUGAGGUGACACCACCACCGGUGAGCAGUUAUGGCGGUUCCCCCGGACUCUUGGCACUUCAUUCCUCGCUUUAUGCGACACCCACGUCGAGGGCUUACGACAUCGAGUCGAAUAUCGAUGGCAAUGACAGCUCCAUACCCAUCGAUACCCAAAUCAUUUCGAUACCAGGAAUGCUAUCCGGACCGGCUCAGCAGCGUUUGGAAGACAUGACCUGGCUGGCUUCCGGGCCGUCCCUCGAAUAUCAACAAGGAAUUUCGCCGAUUCCCGCGGGAGUGAAGAUGUGCCAUCCCGGUAGCACGGCCCAGAGAAGCCUCAAGGAGCAGCGGAUACGACGUCCCAUGAACGCGUUCAUGGUCUGGGCAAAGGUCGAGCGCAAGAAGUUGGCCGACGAGAACCCCGAUCUUCAUAACGCCGAUCUCAGCAAGAUGCUCGGAAAGAAAUGGCGAGGGUUGACCCCACAGGACAGAAGGCCGUAUGUCGAGGAAGCUGAGAGGUUGAGGGUCAUACACAUGCAGGAACAUCCGAACUACAAGUACAGGCCACGACGUAGGAAACACGCGAAACGGACCCCAGGGGCGCCGUCUUCUCCUCCGUCCGCAACCAACACCGCGGGCAAUAGGUCCAACCCUGCCGGUACCACGAUUCAUCAUUCCAUGUCCAAAAUGGACAAUUACCAAGGCAUUCCUCAAAUCCCAUGGGGUGGCCAUUCCCCGAUCUCAUCCCUGUAUCACCAACAGCAGCAACAAGGUAUUCAGGAGUACAAAUCGGAGAACAAUUCCUUGUACGGAAGCCCUUACACGCCUAUCAUUCACACACCUGACAUAUCACCGGUUGCCAGUCCCGAACCCGACGGCGACGGAACACAUCUGCCAUCUAACCAGAACCCGGAUCCCGAACGAGAUCUAAUGGAGGGUACGUCGAAACAGCACGGUGAAAUGGCCGAGCAAACGAAACGGUAUACUUUUAUGAACACCGACAAUCAACUGCACACAGGUCAUGCUGGUGGUACUAGCAUAUCGUCGUGUCAGAACUCUGGUGCUUACACGGAUACCUUAACUUAUAAGAAAUCGGUGAGUUACUUAAAUUUCGAGAGACAACCGUCGAGCAUAGCCGCAGUUGGCAUUGCGAAUGGAAUGAUGGUAUCGUGUAAUAAACUGCGCUCCGGAUUCGAAAACGUUGGCUCUGUGACGGGCACUUUUUAUCCGCCGGUCGCAUCCCCGCACGAUCAGUCGUUGCAACACUACACCAGCACACAAUCUUCGAAAACUGCCAACUAUUCCAUGCAGUCUAGCGUCGAGAGCAACUAUAAUCCCGUCCAGUGUGCCAAUCGGCAACAAUCGAUGGGACUUCGCGGUGCUGCCGAAGGCUGUUCCGGUGUGACCCACCGGUAUCAAAUGAGCCACCACCAAGACUACCAAUCAGAGACUGGUAACCCAGGCCAACAGCAUUCGAUCCUGGGACACAUGGACCCUGGGAUGUCCGCGGACGACGAGCAACAGCAGACGCUUCAGCUCGAAAAGUAUUUCAAAUAUUCGCAGCCGACCAGCGUGGCUCACAGCAGCUUGUCAUCGCAGAAUUUGCUCGACAGCAAUCACAAUUACGCCAGCGAUCUGCGCUAUUACGCGCCGCAGCAAUCCCAGAUGGACAUGUCGAACUCUCAAUGCAUCGUCGACGAUCAAAACAAAGAUACUCGGUGUUCGAACGUGGGCAUCGGCCACACGAUGGAGCAGUACCAUCAGAGUAUGGACGUGGCAAAGUAUUCUGAACAUCCGUCGCAGCAGCAACAGCAACAGCAGCAGCAACAACAACAACAACAACAGCAGCAGCAGCAGCAGCAACAGCAACAGCAACAACAACAGCAACCUCAGAGCCAACAGCAUUCGAUCCUGGGACACAUGGACCCUGGGAUGUCCGCGGACGACGAGCAACAGCAGACGCUUCAGCUCGAAAAGUAUUUCAAAUAUUCGCAGCCGACCAGCGUGGCUCACAGCAGCUUGUCAUCGCAGAAUUUGCUCGACAGCAAUCACAAUUACGCCAGCGAUCUGCGCUAUUACGCGCCGCAGCAAUCCCAGAUGGACAUGUCGAACUCUCAAUGCAUCGUCGACGAUCAAAACAAAGAUACUCGGUGUUCGAACGUGGGCAUCGGCCACACGAUGGAGCAGUACCAUCAGAGUAUGGACGUGGCAAAGUAUUCUGAACAUCCGUCGCAGCAGCAACAGCAACAGCAGCAGCAACAACAACAACAACAACAGCAGCAGCAGCAGCAGCAACAGCAACAGCAACAACAACAGCAACCUCAGAGCAUGGAGCACGUGCCGAAGGCGGACGACGAUUUCAGUGUAAUACUUGCCGACGUGCGCAAGACAUGUUACAGUAGCUAGUGUUCUCCUAGACAUUUUGUUUCUAUGGGCGACUUAUCUUAUGGCUGUAGCACCAAGAACCGUAGGUAUACACAUAACAUUUACAAGGAAUCCGGUGCUUAUACACAUCUUUGUACUACGUACCAUCUUCCGGUGCUGAUAUCGUUAUAACAUGUUAAUGGUAGUCAUUUAUACUCGGCGGAGGAGCUAGUGUGAGGUACCAAAGACUCUUUCGAACGGCACUCAAACAGUCGACGAUCUUUCCUUGAAAAGUGAUUUUCUCAUAUUACGGACAUUUUAUUGUAAUUUUUACAGAUCAAUGCAUUUCUUUUGUUAAAAAGGAAAGAGCACCUUGUUUUAGAUCGUGACCUGAAUUACUGACGAAACUUCCGAAAACUUGGAAGCACUUUCUCCUAUUCGGCAUAUUUUUUUUUCAAAUAUUGACAACAGACUUUGUUAUAUAUAAGU